CCAGACACACACACUACUGCUGCUGCCACGAGCAGCUCCGCAGACUGGAGGCUGCAUUAAAAAAUCAUCCACCCAUUGAUGGAAGCUGAAAAUACAGGCUCUUCUCCCUCCAUCUCUCCUAUUGCAGGCACAUGCUGGCAGAUAUUGAGAUCAACAGCAGCAGCAACCUCAUCGGCAUUGACGGAACUAAAAGCAGCCUUAGAAACCCCCUCCCGUGGCAUCAUAAGUGCCAGUAGCAAGCAACCAUCGGACGCACGCUGACAGGACCGCCGCUGACAGGCAGCCUCUCUCGCAUCGUUACCCAGGGACAGCAGCUCAGAGAUGGGCUGCUCCUCAGGCCGCCAGACCCCUGCCCCGGUCCUUCACCCGGACCUGGUUUGCGGCAGCAACGAGGCCAACAACUUACCCGAGGACUCAGAGAACCAGAACCAAGGUUUGAAUAGCUGCGGGGAAGGAAGUGUUGGAAGAGACCCAGCCAAACCGCCAGAGUCUGUCCCCACGCUGGAGAGACUUGCCCAGGCUACAGGCGGGACAGAAAAGUCCUGGUACCGCUGCGUGUUCCCGUUCGGCGUGAUAUCACUCGUGAUUGGCAUGGCGGGCACCGGGGUGACGUUCACUUUUGACACGCUGCUCCAGACCAAAGUGGUGUCAGUGGCACUGCUGUGUGCCGGCGUCGUGAUGCUGCUCGUGGCGGCCGUUUGCUGGAGGGCCCACAGACUGAGGAGGAGGAAAAAGAAGGAGAGUGGAUUCUUCACCACUGAUCAGGGCACUUUGUGAUCCAGUCAGAUCCUUGUUAGUCAGGACAGAGCACUUGAAGUUGGACUUUUUUUUUUUGUUUUUUUUUAAACUAGAAAGGCAACUGAAUAAGAAGAAUGUGAUGCAGCCACAUCCAUGCUUUUCUUCUAUGCACUAGGACCGAGUGAUAAAGAGUAUAGAUAAGUUGAUUAAUUAUGGAAACAUUGUGCCAGGGAAAGGUCAAUUUUAGCAUCACCACCAUCCUGAGCAGAUACACAGGUUAAAGUAUGCGUCACACGAAAACUCCCCCUGUCCUGUUCUUUGUUUGUCCUUUUUUAUUAUGGAUUACUUGAGGAUCGAGUGGAGCACAGAGCACACUAUAGAUUAUUGCUUCAAGACUGGCCUCAUGUGCGAGAGCUAGACACCUCAGGAAUAGGAACCUUCCUGGUUCUAUAUCUGCAGCUUGGCAGUGCACAGUUUCCCUAAUGAGGUGUGCCUGUGUGGGAUCGGAGGUGUUAUCUAUAAACAGAUUCCAGCAUGUGUCAGAAGUCAUCAGAGCAACAGUCUUUAAGAAAUUGUCAGACUUUUGUGUUUGUGCAUGCUAGUUCAGUGCAAUUGGUUUACAGAGGGACAAUAUUUUUUCCUACCAAGGGAAGCUUAGUGGUUAGAGCUCAGGACCACACAUUUGCCACUUUAAAACCUGAUAAAUGAAACAGGGUUUCACUCUCCCCACAAAACCACAGCUAAGGUGCAUUUCUGCACGUACACCACUUGUCCACAGAGGCGUUCCCCCCCCCCAGCAUUGAACGCUUGAUGAGCUUUCUACUAGUAAUCAUUUUCUUUUCAGUGACCACUGAGAAGCAAAGAGAAUAGGCUACACCAUCCACAUCUGUGAUGGCUGCACCUGAUUGGAUGAACGCUUUGAAUAGUGGGUUGUCUGCUUUCAAGAUGCACCAACAUGGCUGCUUGUUUGGAAACCCUAGCUUAUUUUACAAAAAUAGUUCACCAAAAUGUGUUUGUGAAAACAUUUUAGGCAAGAAAUAAGCCAUGCAGAUGCUGAAGCCGUCUUCAUUUUAAAUCAACAACUGUCAUUUUAAAAGAUUUUUAGGGGGGGGUUUCGAGAGGAUGCAGAUUCAUGCAAAUGAGGAGCGAGCAACUCGGGAAAGUUGCCGCGAUGCUACCAGAAUGCAUUGGCCGGCUACUUAUAUAGACAAUGAAUGGGAAGCGUGGAAAUGACGCUGCCUGUGGACACGUACCUUUAGUCUUCAACUGCUCCAGCGCGCUUAUUAGGCAAAAGUGAAACAGUGAAUCAGGCAUAAUCAUGUAAAAACUGCUAGCACGCUUAGUCCAUUUUCCCCAGAGUGUUUCUGUCUGCAGUCCAAUUUUGUGUUAUCAGGUCAACUGCUUUUCUUCCUGCCACCAAGCUCUGUGGUGGAAAAUCACAGCCCAGCUGCGCCGGAUCAAUAGAAAACGCCACUUAGGAGGCUUUGGCGGUAAUAGCCUGCAUUUUUAGUCGGAGCACAUGAAAUUGCUCUCCCUCGCACUUGGACCUGUCAUACACGACUUGUGCAUUGUAGGACAAGGAAAUCCCAUUACAGAAACAGUAACAGUGAAAACACACCAACAAAGACAAAGCCCUCAAUGGCCUGAUACUCUGAUCUACGCCUCCCACGGAGCCAAACAGAGGCAGCACCACUGGACAUUUAGGUUUGAGUGCUGCGGGGAAAAAUCAAUGUUUCCCUUCAUUUUACCCUACACUAUCCAAAGAGGGAUAUACACUUGUGUGUGUGUGUGUGUAUUUUUAUAUAUA